AUGCGCGGCGGCGCCCUGCUGCUGCUGCUGCUGCGCGACGCGGCGGCCGACGUGGAGGUGGUGCUGCCGCGGAGGCUGCGCGCCCGGCGCCCCCGCGCGCCCCCGGCCGGGCCCCGCGUGCGCCCCGGCGAGCGCGCGCUGCUCCUGCACCUGCCGGCCUUCGGGCGCGACCUGUACCUGCAGCUGCGCCGCGACCUGCGCUUCCUGUCCCGCGGCUUCCAGGUGGAGGAGGCGGGCGCGGGGGGCCGCCGCGGACUCCCGGCCGCGCUCUGCUUCUACUCGGGCCGCGUGCUCGGCCACCCCGGCUCGCUGGUCUCGCUCAGCGCCUGCGGCGCCGCCGGCGGCCUGGUGGGCCUCAUCCAGCUGGGGCAGGAGCAGGUGCUCAUCCAGCCCCUCAACGGUUCCCGGGGCUCCCCCCACAGCGGUGAGCAUCUGAUCCGACGCCGAUGGUCCUGGCUGUCCAGCCCGUCUGCCAAGGCCGGGGCAUCCGGGCAGCUCUGCCAGGUGCUCACAGGUGAGCCCCCGACCCCCGCCAGGCCCCCGCAGGACUGGCGGGAGCGCAGGAACGCCAUCCGACUGCCCAGCGAGCGCGCUGUGGAGACGUUGGUGGUGGCCGAUGCUGACAUGGUACGCUACCAUGGCGCCGAGGCUGCCCAGCGCUUCCUGCUCACCGUUAUGAACAUGGUUUACAAUAUGUUCCAGCAUCAGAGCCUCGGGGUCAGGGUCAGCAUUCGUGUCACCAAGCUCGUCCUGCUACGGGAGCGCCCCGCCAGGCUGUCCAUCGGGCACCAUGGGGAGCGGUCACUGGACAGCUUCUGCCAGUGGCAGAAUGAGGAGUACGGGCGUGCCCGCUACCUGGGCACCAACCAGGUUCCCGGGGGCAGGGAUGAUGCGCCCCCCGUGGAUGCGGCCGUGUUUGUGACCAGGACCGAUUUCUGCGUCCACAAGGAUGAGCCCUGUGACACUGUGGGCAUCGCCUACCUGGGAGGGGCGUGCAGCGCCAAGCGGAAGUGUGUGCUGGCCGAGGACAACGGGCUCAACCUGGCCUUCACCAUCGCCCACGAGCUGGGACACAACUUGGGCAUGAACCAUGACGAUGACCACGCGUCCUGCGCCGGCCGGUCCCACAUCAUGUCGGGAGAGUGGGUGAAAGGGCGGAGCCCCAGCGACCUGUCCUGGUCCCCCUGCAGCCGAGAGGACCUCGAGAACUUCCUGAAGUCGAAAAUCAGCACCUGCCUGCUGGUGACAGACCCCAGGAGCCAGCACGCGCUGCCCCUGCCCUCCAAGCUCCCGGGCAUGCACUACAGUGCCAACGAGCAGUGCCAGAUCCUGUUUGGCACCAACGCCACCUUCUGCAAGAACAUGGAGCAUUUGAUGUGUGCGGGGCUGUGGUGUCUGGUGGAAGGAGACACCUCCUGCAAGACUAAGCUGGACCCUCCGCUGGAUGGCACAGAGUGUGGGGCAGACAAGUGGUGCCGCGCGGGCGCGUGCGUGAGCAAGGCGCCCAUCCCCGACCACGUGGAUGGAGACUGGAGCCCAUGGGGCGCCUGGAGCAUGUGCAGCCGCACGUGUGGCACAGGCGCACGCUUCCGGCAGCGGAAAUGCGACAACCCCCCCCCGGGGCCCCGAGGCCUGCCCUGCCGGGGUGCCAGCGUGCAGCACGGGGUCUGUGAGCGCCCACCCUGCCCACCCGGCCUGCCCAGCUUCCGGGACCAGCAGUGCCAGACGCAGGACCGGCUGGGCGGCAGCACCACGAGCCUCCUGACCGCCGUGGUGGUGGACGAGAAGCCCUGCGCACUCUACUGCUCUCCGCUGGGCAAGGAGGCGCCUGUGCUGGUGGCCGAGCGCGUCCUGGACGGGACACCGUGCGGCCCCUACGAGACCGACCUCUGCGUGCACGGCCGCUGCCAGAAAAUAGGCUGUGAUGGCAUCAUCGGGUCUGCGGCCAAGGAGGACCGGUGUGGGGUGUGUGACGGGGACGGCGGGCUCUGCCGCGUGGUCAAGGGCCACUUUCGACACCCUCGGGGCACAGGUUACAUCGAGGCUGCCGUCAUCCCUGCCGGAGCUCGGAGAAUCCGUGUGGUGGAGGACAAGCCAGCCCACAGCUUUCUGGCUCUCAGGGACUCCAGUAAGAGAUCCAUCAACAGCGACUGGAAGAUCGCGCUGCCCGGCGAGUUCCAGAUUGCGGGCACCACCGUCCGCUAUGUCAGGAGGGGCCUGUGGGAGAAGAUCUCUGCCAAGGGGCCCACCGAGACGCCGCUGCACUUGAUGGUGCUGUUGUUUCACGAUCAGAAUUACGGGAUCCAUUACGAAUACACCAUUCCAGUCAACUCCACGGCUGAUGACCCUCAGGGCGGGCCCGAGAAGCCCCCAGACUCCUUGUUCCUCUGGACCCACAGCGGCUGGGGAGGCUGCAGCGUGCAGUGUGGAGGGGGGGAGCGCAGAACCAUUGUGUCCUGCAUGCGCGUCGUGAACAAGACCACGACGCCCGCCAACAACAGCGACUGUCCUCAGGCAAACCGGCCUGAGCCCCAGGUCCGAAGAUGCAACGCUCACCCUUGCCAGUCCCGGUGGGCGGCAGGCCCGUGGAGCCCCUGCUCAGCGCCCUGUGAGAAGGGCACCCAACACCGCCAGGUGACCUGCAUGUACCAGCUACAGAACGGGACUCACGUCCCCACCCGGCCGCUCUACUGCCAGGGUCCCCGGCCGGCCACUGUCCAGAGCUGCGAGGGUCAGGACUGCCUGUCCAUCUGGGAGGCCUCGGAGUGGUCACAGUGCUCCAGCCGCUGCGGCAAGGGUACCCAGAGGCGGACGGUGACAUGCGUCAACUCACAGGGCAGGUGUGACCCUGCCACGCGGCCGCAGGCCGAGGAGGCGUGCGAGGACCACUCUGGCUGCUACGAGUGGAAAACUGGGGACUGGGCCAGGUGCUCGUCCAGCUGCGGGAAGGGGCUGCAGUCCCGCGUGGUCCAGUGCAUGCACCGGGUCACCGGCCGCCACGGCAGCGAGUGCCCUGCGCUCUCCAAGCCCGUCGCCUACCGGCAGUGCCAGCAGGACGCCUGCCCGCACAAGGCCAGCGGCAACACCAUCACCUCCCCGCGCCUGGCUGCCCUGACCUAUAAGUGUGCCCGAGACCAGUGGACGGUUUACUGCCGGGUCAUCCGCGAGAAGGGACUGUGCCAGGACAUGCGGUGGUACCAGCGCUGCUGCCAGACCUGCCGGGACUUCUACGCCACCCAGCUGCCCCCGCCCCGCGCCUGA